AGCGGGGAGGUCGCGGGGUUGAGAGGGUUGGGCUAAGAGUGUGGCUUCUCCUCUAUGGUCGCGGGCCGGGGCACACUUCUCCGCAGUAAGUCCUCGGUUACUUCCGGAAGUGAAGUGACCACCUCUUCCUCUGCUUCCGCGGGGGUCCGGGAGGCAGGCUGCGGCCGGGUGGGCCCGGAAGGAGCGGAGUGAUUUAAGGAUGCUUUGCAGCAGUUUUGUAAGUCUGAAAUUUUUCGUGCCUGUGAAUGCCAGGAUUUGGUAAGAGAUGGAGGAGUCUUCGCAGAAUGAUCCGAACACCACAACCCUGGAGGAGGAUGACCCCCUCAAGAGCACCGGCCCUCAGAUUUCUGUUAGUGAAUUUUCCUGCCACUGCUGUUAUGACAUCCUGGUUAACCCCACCACCUUGAACUGUGGCCACAGCUUCUGCCGGCACUGCCUGGCUUUAUGGUGGGCCUCUUCGAAGAAAACAGAGUGUCCGGAAUGCAGAGAAAAAUGGGAAGUUUUCCCCAAAGUCAAUAUUCUCCUCAGGGAUGCCAUUGAAAAAUUAUUUCCUGAUGCCAUUAGAAUGCGAUUUGAAGACAUUCAGCAGGAUAGUGACAUAGUCCAGAGUCUCGCAGCCUUUCAGAAGUACGGGAAUGAUCAGGCUCCUUCAGCUACCAACACAGGCCGAGUGAAUCCGCAGAGAGGCGGGGGAUUCUUUUCCGGGGUGCUCACUGCUCUAACCGGCGUGGCGGUGGUCCUGCUCGUGUACCACUGGAGCAGCAGGGAGUCUGAGCACGACCUCCUGGUCCACAAGGCCGUGGCCAGAUGGACGGCAGAGGACGUGGUCCUCUGGCUCGAGCAGCUGGGCCCUUGGGCCUCUCUCUACAGAGACCGGUUUUUAUCUGAAAGAGUGAAUGGAAGGUUGCUUUUAACUCUGACAGAGGAAGAAUUUUCAAGGGCGCCGUACAACAUAGAAAACAGCAGCCACAGGAGAGCCAUCCUGCUUGAACUGGAGCGUGUCAAAGCCCUAGGGGUGAAGCCCCCCCAGAAUCUCUGGGAAUAUAAGGCCGUGAACCCGGGCAGGUCCCUGUUCCUGCUGUAUGCCCUCAAGAGCUCCCCGAGACUCGGCCUGCUGUACCUCUACCUGUUCGACUACACAGACACCUUCCUGCCCUUCAUCCACACCAUCUGCCCUCUGCAGGAAGACGUUUCCAGCGACAACAUCAUCACCAAGCUUCUGGACCUUAGAGAGCCCACUUGGAAGCAGUGGAGAGAAUUCCUUGUCAAAUACUCGUUCCUUCCGUACCAGCUGAUUGCUGAAUUUGCUUGGGAUUGGCUGGAGGUCCAUUACUGGACGUCACGUUUUCUCAUUGUCAAUGCCAUGCUACUCUCGGUUCUGGAGUUAUUCUCCUUCUGGAGGAUCUGGUCAAGAAGUGAACUGAAGACUGUGCCUCAGAGGAUGUGGAGCCAUUUUUGGAAAGUGUCAACACAGGGGCUUUUUGUGGCCAUGUUCUGGCCCCUCAUCCCUCAGUUCGUUUGCAACUGUCUAUUUUACUGGGCCCUGUACUUCAACCCAAUCAUUAACAUCGAUCUCGUGGUCAAGGAAGUCCGACGGCUGGAAACCCAGGUGCUGUGACUGGCGGUGCUCAGUCUCUGGAAGAUUCCUCCAGUCUCUGGCACGUGAGCACGGAUGCUUCAGUGGGGGGCAGGGGGUGGACUUCCUGUUUCUACGCCCCGUGAACACAGGGCUGCUCUGUCAGAGGCCACAGCCAGGUCCCCACUCCCUCUCCCUGUGGCAUGGUGGCAGCGGGGACCGACAUCCCAGAGCAUGGCCGACACGGCAACAGCACCUCCCACCCAGCCAUCCUCAUGGGACUUGGGGGGCUCAGUCUGCCACGGCUGUCCAGGACCUGGGCUCCCCAGAGGACACAGUAUGAUGACUUUAGCAGACUGCUGGGACAGCGGUCCCACCUGCCCUGACCUCAGCGACAGACAGAGGCUCCUAGGGCGAGUCGCAGCCCGAGGCUGAGCCUGAGCCCGGGCUUGUUGGGGCCAGGCCUGUCCUCUAAAUCAAAUUUAGGAAGACGGGAAAAGAUUUUGUCCUCGGCACAGACAGCUGCCCCUAAGAAACACAGAGGAAAAGCCCAACUCCGCCGCACGAUGCUGUAUUGUGAAGAAAUGGCAGGGUUCUCAGAGUGAAGCCGCUCCAAGGGCUCCAUUUGAGACGGAGGGGUGAUCAGACCGUCGUCAGUGUGUUCUGCAUUUCAUCUCUGCAGCUUUGGGUCCCUGACUCCGAGGAGGGGGUCGAGGAGGAGGCAGGCAGUGAUGAGAGUCAUUCACCUCAGGCCAAGCUGCCUCAGUGCUACUUAAAAUCAUUGUGUGGGGGUUGAUGUGUUUGGUUUUCAGGAAUUUAAUCUGUAAAAUCCAGGAUAGCUCUUGCGUUCACGGAAACAUUUUGUACUUUGACCUCACACUGUAUAAUCUUCUUGUCCUGUUCUGAUGUAUAAAACAGCAAGGUAUAAUUACACCAAGUGCUGUAAUUGUAAAUAUGAAUAAGAUGAAGUAGGGCCUUUUAUUUCCUUCCAGAAUGAAAAUAGUGCAAAUGGGAGCCAUCUGAAGAUUGGCCCCACACAGGUAAGCUUGCAUCCACAGUGUCGUUUUGUGACUCUGAACCAGUCAUUAAUCCUUUGGAUCUUUGAGGAUUUCACUCAAACUUUGCAUCGGAAAGUUUGAAGAAAUCACUUGAAAGCAAAAUAAAGAUUUUUUAUAUAUUUGAAAAUUCUA